ACCAAGGUAGGUUGCCUAGUGAUCCUGAGGAAGCUGAUGUGUUAUUCCCUCUCUGCAACGAAGGAUCAGGAAGUUUGUGCUCUCUGCCUGCCUGAGAAGUUUUUCACCUACUAGUACUGGGUUCGGGUAAGGGAAACAGGUGCCCUACAAAAAUAGAGUGUGACCUGCAGCCUACGUCCCGCUGCAGCUCAGGAGCAACGACAGGUGAGAAUGACCACAUUAACUCACCGGACCCGUCGGACUGAAGUAAGUAAGAGCUCUGAAAAGAAAGUGGAAAGUGAAGAAGACAAUAAUCAAGAAAGGAGUCCCAGUAAUGAAGACCCUGGAGACUCCAAGGAUAUCCGCCUCACUCUUAUGGAAGAAGUAUUGCUCCUGGGACUAAAAGAUAAAGAGGGCUACACAUCUUUCUGGAAUGACUGCAUAUCAUCUGGGCUGCGAGGAGGCAUCCUGAUCGAGCUGGCGAUGCGGGGUCGGAUCUAUCUGGAACCUCCCACCAUGCGGAAGAAGCGACUCCUAGACAGAAAGGUCCUGCUGAAGUCAGACAGCCCAACGGGUGAUGUUUUGCUGGAUGAAACUCUCAAACAUAUCAAAGCAACCGAGCCAACAGAAACUGUCCAGACAUGGAUAGAGCUUCUCACUGGUGAGACAUGGAACCCCUUCAAAUUACAGUACCAGCUGAGAAAUGUGCGAGAGCGAAUUGCCAAGAACCUGGUAGAAAAGGGUAUUCUAACCACAGAGAAGCAGAAUUUCCUGCUGUUCGACAUGACCACACAUCCGGUGACCAAUACGACAGAGAAACAGCGACUAGUGAAAAAGCUUCAAGACAGUGUUCUGGAACGGUGGGUCAAUGACCCCCAGCGCAUGGACAGGCGGACGCUGGCGCUGCUGGUGCUGGCCCACUCUUCUGACGUGCUGGAGAAUGUCUUCUCCUGUCUGACAGAUGACAAGUAUGAUGUGGCCAUGAAUCGAACCAAGGACCUGGUAGAACUGGACCCUGAAGUGGAGGGGACAAAGCACAAUGCCACAGAGAUGAUCUGGGCUGUGCUGGCAGCCUUCAACAAAUCCUAAGGCCAGCGGGCGGGUUUCUCCUCUCCCUGCCACUGGCCACUGUCAGAGACCCCAUCACCGAGUUUUGUGUGAUGAAAUUUUGUCAUCAUUUCUCCCUGUUUCUGAAUCAGAACUCAUGAUCUGGGGAGGACAGCCUCAGAGUCUCUCCAUGGGCUAUGACCAUUCUAAGCAGACUGCUUCUCCUCACUUCCACUCUCUGUCCGCAUGAAAGGAGAACUCACACAUCCAAUAAACAUCUUCCAUUUCUGGGGUCUAGUUUUAACCAGUGUGCUUUUGGAUAAACAGGAGUUUCUAUAUGAGGAUUAGAGUUUUUCAGCAACAAAAUAUGAAGGAGAUGAAGAGCAAACUGUUUAAUUUUUCUCUCAUAUUCAUGUUUUUUUUUUCAGCCUUUAGCUCUCCAACUCACCUAAACAGUGACAAUUACUGACAUCACUGUCUCUUUGAAUGAGGGAUGGUGGAAACAAGACUAAGUUUUGAAGCAAAUGGUUCCUGAGAUUGUACCUCCCACAUGUGAUUUUCUCACCUUUAAUGAAAACACUCCAUGCCUGAUGACCCGGAUCUCUUAGUUUUAAAAGCAGUGAAUAUAUUCCACGCUCCUCUUAGCACCAUCCUGCUUCCACAUUCAUGAAGAGUCUGAAUUGAAAAGCAGUGUGCCUCAGUUACCUCCUUCAUUCAGCCAGCAGUAGAGCCUGUGGGGAAGGGAGGCAGCAGGAGACUGCGUCUUUGAAGCCAGGCGUGGGGACACACGCCUGUCAUCUUAGCACUUGGAAGGCAGCAGCAGAAGCAUCUAAAUAGACGGUCAAGUUCAGCUAGACUAGUGAGUUCGGGCUAGCUGUGGCUAUAUGAGACCCAUCUCUCAAAUUUAAAGGCUUUUCAUCUUUUAGCAUGUGACGAUCCUGUUUGCUCCAGGCUACUUUAAAAUAUCUCUUAAAAUUCCCAAUUUAACUCUGCUUAAAUUAAGGGAAUUGUAACUUUCAAAUCCCAAAUACAGCAUUGAGUCCAGACAAUGUAGCCAGACUCUGUCUCUUCACAGUCCCUGUUUUUAUUUCCGACAUAAAUUGAUAAUUUCUCCCUAUAUUUAAGGGCUUUGGUAGUAAUUCUGUCUAUAGGUUAUCUCCAGAUUACCUUCAAAUUGUCUUCUUUCAACACAGCCAUCAUUCUGGCCAAACCCCUUAAAAUGUUUUUGCUUCAGCAGUGAGGGAGAAGGGAGGCUUUGUUAGAAGAGGUCCUCUUUAGAGGGGCAGUUGAGUGUCAAGGGCAGCUGAUACAAAGCCAGGGUUCAGGGGCUGUGAGACCAGCACAGGGUUGUGCUGAUUUCAGUCAGCCUGUUACACACAUCCAAUACAGGUGACUUAGACCAAACCCUCUGGAUCAGGAUCAGAGGUAAAUACCUCUUAACCUACCUAGGUCCAUGAAACUUCUCCGGCUUGUUGUUACUGUUUUCAUUUCAUGUGUCUCAUAGGUGAUUAGAGACAUAGAUAUAAUUUGAGACGCUAGGCUAGAGCCUUAGUCUGGCUCUCCAGAAGUGCAAAAGCCAGCCCGUGUGUUAUCUAGUGGUGUAGCUUACUUCCCAUUGGAACAAUUCAGCAUGAAUUGAAACCAGCUUUUCCUGUGGAAAGCUUCAGCUUGAUUGGGGGGUACAAGUUGAGUUCUUUCUUGAAACUCUCAGUGUUUAUUUUUAUAUGUCCAUAAAAUGAGGAUGUCUUCACUUCAAAUCUGUGUUAACAUUCACUGCCAAACACUCAUUUAGUGUAUACCGCCUUUACAUUUCUGUAUAAUAAAGAUCAGUAAUUGUA